GUUUUUUCUUUUUUCCCAAUUUUUUUUUUCCUCAUUUUUUGAACUUCGAAAAAGCUCCCCUCUCUCUCUCUGCGCGCGUGUAUAUAUUAUGUAGAGGCAUGAUUGCAUACAACAAUUGUGUAUUUGAACAAGAGAAAACUUGAAUCACAUUUUGAACACUCAAUCUGUUGCUUUAGCUAGAAAAGAAAAGGAGAGAUUUCUUAGCUUUCAGAUUAUCCGAUACCCUUCUUGUAAGUCUCUCUUUUCUUUUCUAUGUAUAUUCUCUUAAAGUCCCUUCACUUUGUAUCUCAAUUUUAUUCCAAAUUAAACGCCGACUUCCGCUAAAGAUCACUUUUUUAGCAUCUGGGUGAGGGCUCGUCGUGCAAAAACCUCCCUUGUUCGACAAAAAAUGGGGGAUCACUUUGUUUUGCUGGUUGAUCGUUUGCUUACUGAAUCGACUCUGGAGGCUGCAAUUGAGAGUAGAUUGAAGCAGGCAGUUCCCAUCACUGUGGAUGAAGCAGCAAUCGACUAUUCAUACCAGAAAGACUCCGAUGGUAGUUUGUCUCCGAGGAAGGUGGUCGAGUGCAGGAUAUGCCAGGAUGAAGGUUUUGAUUCGAGCAUGGAGGCUCCAUGCUCUUGCUCUGGAAGCUUGAAGUAUGCUCACCGUAGAUGUGUGCAAAAGUGGUGCAAUGAGAAGGGUGACACCAUGUGCGAGAUAUGCCAUCAGCAAUUCAAGCCAGGAUAUACUGCACCGCCCCCAAUUUUCCGUUUUGGCGGACUUCCUAUGAACUUGAGGGGGAAUUGGCAAAUUGCCAGAAGAGAUUUGAACAAUCCACGCAUUAUUGCAAUGGUCGCCGCUGAUCAUAGCUUCCUCGACCCAGAGUACGACGAGUACGCUGUUUCCACAUCACGAAGCAUAGUCUGCUGCCGCACAGUAGCCAUAAUUUUCAUGGUGCUCCUAAUUAUGCGGCAUACUCUCCCCGUAGUCGUGAGUCGAGCGGGGAACUAUUCUCUCCCGCUGAUCAUGCUUUUAGUGCUGCGAGUUGCUGGGAUUAUUCUGCCAAUCUGCAUAAUACUUAAAGCGGUCACCUCCAUCAUACGUCGUCGACAGCAACAGGCGACGACGCCUCCUGCGUCUGACGAAGAAUCGAGCCCGUUACCUCUGAAUGGGCCAGAUCUGAAUGCAGUGAGCUAAAGUGCUGCUCAAGAAAGAGCAGUGAAACUUGCAAUUUGUCACAUUUCAGUUUUUAUAAUCUAGUGUAAAUUUUUAUCCCCCAAAAAAAAAUCUAGUGUAAAUUGAUCCCAGAAAAAAAAAAAAAAAAAGAAAAGGGAAAGAAGUAGACAAGAUUUUGAGGUGGGAUUUAGAUACACCUCUGGAAGAAGCAUAUGUACAGAAUAUUGAAAAAUGAAAAUGUAGAGAGAGAAUGAAAUUGUGAUGUGUA